AUGAGCCUCGCCUUGGACUGGUCUUGGCUUCCCGAACAUCAACUCGACAUCAUGCUUGGAAAUACCAACUCAAGAAUGCCUCCCAUUGAUCCUCCCAGAGGCCAUAUUCGAGAGGCCAAGAAGAAGGUCGCUUACUUCUACGAUUCUGACGUGGGAAACUACGCGUACGUUGCUGGCCAUCCUAUGAAGCCUCAUAGAAUCAGGUUGGCGCAUAGCUUGAUCAUGAAUUAUGGGACCUACAAGCAUAUGGAGAUCUAUCGCGCCAAACCAGCAUCGAAACAUGAAAUGUCCCAAUUCCAUACCGACGAGUACAUCGAAUUCCUCCAGAAGGUCACACCCGACAACAUGGAAUCGUACUCGAAAGAGCAAUCUAAGUACAACGUGGGUGACGAUUGCCCGGUGUUUGAUGGGCUCUUUGAGUUCUGUGGGAUCAGUGCUGGUGGCAGUAUGGAGGGUGCGGCUCGUCUCAACCGUGGAAAAUGCGACAUCGCUGUCAACUGGGCUGGUGGACUUCAUCAUGCGAAGAAGAGCGAAGCAAGUGGCUUCUGCUACGUAAAUGACAUUGUUCUCGGUAUUAUUGAGCUGUUGCGCUUCAAAAAGCGAGUCCUCUACAUUGACAUCGACGUUCACCAUGGUGAUGGUGUUGAGGAGGCGUUUUACACCACCGACCGCGUCAUGACCGUCUCAUUCCACAAGUACGGCGAGUACUUCCCAGGCACGGGCGAGCUCCGCGACAUUGGAGUCGGUCAGGGCCAGAACUACGCUGUCAAUUUCCCACUCCGUGACGGCAUUGACGAUGUCACUUACAAGUCCAUCUUCGAGCCAGUCAUUCAGGCAGUAAUGGUCAACUACCAACCGGAAGCUGUCGUUCUUCAGUGCGGUGGCGAUAGUUUGUCUGGCGAUCGUCUUGGAUGCUUCAACCUCAGCAUGGAAGGUCACGCCAACUGCGUCGAGUUUGUUAAAAGCUUCAACCUUCCAACGCUUGUUCUUGGCGGAGGAGGAUACACCAUGCGCAAUGUCGCUCGCACCUGGGCUUAUGAGACUGGUAUUCUUGUUGGUGAAAAGCUUGACCGGACUCUUCCUUACAAUGAGUACUACGAGUACUAUGGCCCCGACUACGAAUUGGAUGUUCGAGCUUCAAAUAUGGACAAUGCUAACUCACAUGACUACCUCGAGAAGAUCAAGAUUCAAGUCAUCGAGAACCUCAGAAAGACCAACCACAAUUCCGUUCAGAGCAUGGAGACUCCCCGCGAAACAAUCAUAGGCGGCCGAGACGAGGACGACGACAUCUUGGACGAUGCUGAUGAAGACGAGAACGUGGACACCCGGUCUUCACAGAGACGAAAUGACAAGCGCAUCGUGAGAGACGAUGAGCUUGAGGACAGUGAGGAUGAGGAAGAGAACUUCAAGAAUGGUGUUCGCCGACAACCUGGUGCGUUCAGACGACGCAAUCAAAUGGACUACAAAAACGACAACACCGCCUCAGAUGUUGAUAUGGACAGCGGAGCACACACACCAUCUGCCCCAACGCCUGCUUCUCAUGCCCCAGCAUUCCUUGUUCCCACACAGUCUGGCGAAGUUGGGUCCAAUGCUCCGUCAUGCGCAGACUCACCAAAACCUGCUGUGGAUACUGAAGGGGAUAUUGACAUGACCGACGACGUUGCUGAGCCCGACCAACCUGCUACCGCCCAAUCAAUACCCCCUGCCGCUACAUCCGCUGCUGCGACGGUCACCGCAACAACCAUCGAGCCAGAGCUAGCUACGGUCAAACAAGAAAGUGAGAUGGAAACCAUGGAUACAGAAGUAUCGGCUGAGGUUAUUACUGGCCAGCCUGAGCCACCAGCUGCUGCAGCUGUCACGGAAGCCAACGCAGAAGUAAACGCAGAGAUCAUGGAGCGAAAGGCGAGCGAGUCCGAGGCCCGGCCGUGA